ACCCUCAACGUGAAUUUCUUUUACCAUUUUCCAAAGGACUUGAGAUGAAAAGACAGUAGUCCCCACAAGUGAAACAGAAAGUAGCCCGACUGAUAUGGCUGAUUCUCUGAAGGAUGAGGAGUCCUCUAAGCCUGGGAUUGGGAUGAGAUUGACUAUUGCUUCUAUAAGUAAACGCUUUCCUCGUGCACGUAACAUUAGUACUCAAUGGCUGUUCAAGCGACUUUACAAUAGUCAGGAAUCCCAAAGCUCCCAGGAAUCCCAAAACUCCCAGGGAUCUCAUACCUUCCAGGAAACACAAAGCUCCGCAUCUCGAGUCAAAAUCCUGGAUUGUAGAGCCGAAGAUGAGUAUAACAUCAGUCACAUAGAUGGCGCUGUCCGUGUUAACUACGAAUCGUCUCCAGAAGAGAUCCUUCAUGCUGCAGAUAUUGAUAAAUCAACAAAUGACCUCUUGGAUGUGGUUUGUUACUGUUCUGUUGGAUAUCGGUCAGCUUUAGUCGCACAGAAAUUGCAGGAUUACGUCAAUAAAUCAAUGGGAAAUGACCAUCUAUCUUUCUACAAUAUGGAAGGGAGCCUUUUUAAGUGGGCCAACGAGAACAGACAUAUGGUGGAUCAAAAAGGAGAUGCAACCAAAUUCGCACAUCCUUACAACGCUGUUUUUGGAAAAUUACUUAAUUCUGAAUUACGGAAGUCUUAGAUUAGACGAAUUUUCUUUUCCACUUUAUUUGUUUCAUGUCAUUCAUAAAAACGAUUCAGAUUAUGAACUUUAAUCAUUGUUAUUUCAUUUCCACAUUCAUAUACAUGUAGGUUUUGAUAAUAAUAAUGUUCUUUCGUGGCAAGCUGCUAACUGAUUGUAUCUGCGUGAUAUCUUUCUUGUGUCAUCAUUCCCUGUGUCCCUCAAAUUACUGUUUUUGAUAAUUAAUUAGAAAAUGCACAUCUUGGUGCAUAGCUGGUCAUUAGCUAGGCAUACUGAGACGUAAUUACUCCGUAAACUUGAGCAUUCAUGUAUGUAUGUACAUAUCUCUACUAAUGACACAUACCAGUUUAUUAUAUUCCACAUUUUAGGGAUGGGGAGAAAAGAUUAGGGUUUCAUCUCUCCUGGUGGUCUUAGAAAUAUUAGAAAUCAUGAAAAGGUAUGACAAUAAAAGUCAUUCCUGGAAAUUUAACAGAACACCGUUGCCUAGGUGUAAUAAACAAUAGACCCCUUACUGGGGUUUGAAAUUCAUGACUAUUAAAUAACUGGAUGGAAGCGGAAAGGUAUAAAAUCAAAGUACUGACACAGUAUUGAAAGACUGGGUUUUUGUUUUGAACAUAUUUUAUUGACAAUCAAAGGGAUAAGAAACAAGUUCUACCAACUUAAUAGUUCCUCUCCCAUAUAUAACACAUGAUUAUAAAGACUGGGUCUUAAUAAAGAUCAGGGUUUUAUAAUUUCAGUCAU